AGACGGGAAGGGAGGGGCUAGAAAAGGUGGAGCUUUUGGCGCCUCGCUCCUAACGGCAUGGCCCUGCCUUGCAGGGUUGUUGUGGCUUCACCGCCCCUUGAGAAGCCCUGAAGGCUUCUUUCUUCGCCAUUAUGAGCGAGUUUCGGAUUCACCACGACGUGAACGAGCUCUUGAGCCUGCUGCGAGUGCGGGGCGGCGGGGAAGGGGCGGAGGUCUACAUCGACCUGCUCCAGAAGAACCGCGCCCCUUAUCUCACCACCACCGCCUCAGCCCUCGGCGCUAAGGUUAAAAUUGCAGAGUUUUCACGGACUCCGGAAGAUUUCUUAAACAAAUAUGAUGAACUAAAAUCGAAGAACACAAGACAUCUUGACUCACUUGUGUAUUUGCUGUCCAAGCUUACAGAAGACAAAGAGACAUUACAAUACUUACAACAGAAUGCAAAGGAAAGGGCAGAACUUGCAGCAAGUGCAGCAGCCAGUAACAGUGGUAGCAGCAGCCUCACUUUCUCUGUCCCCUCAACAUCUUCCAAAAUGACUGCUCAAGAACUGGAGGAGUUACGGAAACAGCUGGGCACUGUGACAACUGGCUGCAGCUCACAGCAGCCUCUUGAACUUGUACGAAAGGCUCUCCGAGAAAAGCAGAACAAGAAAAAUUCUGGCCAGCCUAUCCCAUCAUUCCCUUCCUGGGUGUAUGAAAGACCAGCUCUUAUUGGAGACUUUCUCUCUAGCUCUAGUUUAAGUACAGAUACAACUGUGCCAAUAGGUACUUUACCAUUGGCAGCCCAAGAGUCUGCAGUUGUAGAAGACCUCCUGUAUGUUUUGAUAGGUGUGGAUGGCAGAUACAUCACAGCACAACCCCUUGUUGGUAGAGAGACUCGUACUUUUUUAGUGGAUCCCAAUUUAGAUAUGUCCGUUAAGGAAUUGGUCACUAGAAUCCUCCCUGUCGCUGCAAGCUACUCCAUAAUAUCCAGGUUUGUAGAAGAGAAAUCUUCUUUUGAAUAUGGACAAGUAAAUCAUGCAUUGGCAGCAGCAAUGAGGACCCUCAUUAAAGAGUACAUGAUCCUGAUUACCCAACUGGAACAUCUUCAGCGCCAAGGGCUCCUCUCACUGCAGAAGCUUUGGUUUUAUAUUCAGCCCACAAUGAGGACCAUGGAAAUCUUGGCUUCUCUUGCUACUUCGAUAGACAAGGGCGAAUGCAUGGGAGGUUCAACACUCAGCCUUCUCCAUGACAAAACAUUCAAUUACACUGGGGACAGCCAAGCCCAGGAGCUGUGCCUCUAUUUAACCAAAGCUGCCAGUGUUCCGUACUUUGAGAUAUUGGAGAAGUGGAUCUAUAGAGGAAUUAUCAACGAUCCUUAUAGUGAAUUCAUGGUGGAGGAACAUGAACUCCAAAAGGAAAAGAUCCAGGAGGAUUAUAAUGAUAAGUACUGGGACCAAAGAUACACCAUUGUCCAGCAACAAAUUCCCUCCUUCCUGCAAAAGGUUGCUGAUAAAAUACUUAGCACAGGGAAGUACUUAAAUGUGGUCCGGGAAUGUGGCCAUGAUGUUACCUGCCCAGUGGCAAAGGAGGUGGUUUAUACCUUGAAGGAGCGUGAAUAUGUGGAACAGAUUGAGAAGGCCUAUAAUUAUGCCAGCAAAGUCUUGCUUGAUUUCUUGAUGGAUGAAAAGGAGCUUGUGGCCCACUUAAGGUCCAUCAAACACUAUUUUCUCAUGGACCAAGGUGACUUUUAUGUCCAUUUCAUGGAUUUGACAGAAGAGGAGUUGAAAAAACCAGUAGAUGAUAUCAUUCCGACUAGAUUGGAAGCUCUUCUGGAAUUAGCAUUACGUAUGAGCACAGCUAACACUGACCCAUUUAAAGAUGAUUUAAAGAUUGACUUGAUGCCCCAUGAUCUUAUAACACAGCUCCUGCGAGUUCUGGCCAUUGAGACAAAGCAGGAGAAGGCCAUAAUCAAUGCUGAUCCAACAGAGCUCACUCUCAGUGGCCUGGAAGCAUUUUCUUUUGACUACAUUGUGAAAUGGCCAUUGUCUCUCAUCAUCAACAGAAAAGCCUUAACACGGUAUCAGAUGCUCUUCAGACACAUGUUUUAUUGUAAACACGUGGAACGGCAGCUGUGCAAUGUCUGGAUCAGCAGCAAAACAGCUAAGCAGUGUUCCCUACAGUCAUCAAAAUGGUUUGCGGGUGCUUUUACUCUGCGUCAGCGGAUGCUCAAUUUUGUGCAGAAUAUCCAGUACUAUAUGAUGUUUGAAGUGAUGGAACCCACAUGGCAUAUUUUGGAGAAGAAUCUUAAGUUGGCCUCCAAUAUUGAUGACGUCUUGAGCCACCACACAAGCUUCUUGGAUAAUUGCUUGAAGGAUUGCAUGCUUACCAAUCCAGAGUUACUGAAGAUUUUUUCCAAGCUGAUGUCUGUGUGUGUCAUGUUCACCAAUUGCAUGCAGAGAUUUUCCCACAGCAUGAAGCUAGAUAAUGAAAUGGACCGCCUCACUGUAGAGCAUGGGACUAUGAGAGGCCCACCUACUAAACAGGAAAGAGUAGAGGAAUCCACACGAAAACAGCUUGCUAAUAAGUUUUUAGCAGAGCAGGCAGAUUCUUUGCAUGUAAGUUCUGGCUUUGAGGCAACAAUAAACAAGUUUGACAGCAAUUUCUCUGCACAUCUGCUGGACCUCCUGGACAAACUGAGCAUUUACAGUACCAAUGACUGUGAGCACAGCAUGAUCAAUAUCAUCUACAGAUUGGACUUCAACGGCUUCUACACAGAGCGACUGGAGCAUAUGUCUGCAGAAAGGAGUCAGAAGACUGUUUUGCAAGUGGCUCCUCCUCCCAAAGUUGCUGUCUCCACUCAGUGAAAGGGCUGGUUUUUAUGAAAAUCAUUUUCCCGAAGAAAAGUGGGAAGAAUUAGGAGCUGGUUUGAGAAUGACAUGGUUUCAUCAACACUUAUGUCGCACAAAAGUUGAGCAGCAAUGGAAAUAUAAAACACAAACUCUAGCAACAAUACUGUGUAUAAAGGAAUGUGACUCUGAAUGCUUCUAUAUUUUUAAAUCCAAGCAUUUAAAUUUGAAAUUUUCUGUAUUAUAGAUGAAAACUAGUGUUUCUAAGUGGCAUCUUUGGUCUUUAAAAAUGUACUUUUAUAUGUUCAUCUUUAAGUCCUGGCUAGCUAAUUGUGUCAGUGACUGCUCAAUUCACUCAAGAAAUAAGAUAAUGCCACCUAUUUUGAUCAGAUAUUAACAAUUUGGAGUGGAAUCAGUAAUAUUACAUGAACUUUCAUGGACACUGUUCACUGCUACUAGCCAACUCAGUUUAAUAUUUGCACUUUUGCCGAGAGCUUAACUAUCUCCUGUUGUGUACACUCCAUUCAGAUAAAGCUUCAUUAAAUGUAAUCGAUUUCA